AUGAAAAUGUGUUUAGUCAUUCCCCAUAUAGAUUGCCUGUCUUCAAGAGUUAAUGUGAAUAUUCAUUCAAAUUUUCCGAAUCUUUUACUGUCAGGAAUAUCAGAGUUACUUAUCAUAUCUGACGUCUACAUACAUCUGACUGGAUUUCUCGAUUAUGAAACUCUUUUUUCUCAAGGCAAAGACGUUUCCUUUAAUCCUUAA